AUGGACGUCUCAAAUCAAUUCAAGCAAGUCUUCAAAUUCUUUGACCUCAACAACGAUGGCAAGAUUUCUCAGAUGGAGCUCACAAAUGUGUUGUUGAUUUUUGGUCAAGAUAAGUCAAAGGCCACCAUUGAAGCCCAAGGAAUACUCAAAGAAAUUGACUUUAAUGGAGAUGGGUUCAUUGACUUGGAUGAGUUCAUGGCCAUCAUGGAUGAUUCCAUUUCCAAGCCAAAUUUUCCUAUUUCAAAGGAAGAUAAUAUUGAUGUUAAUGAUGAUGUUAGAAAUGCUUUCAUGGUGUUUGAUAGUGAUAAGAAUGGACUCAUUUCUGCAAAGGAGUUACAAAGGGUGCUCAUUAAUCUUGGAUGUAGCAAUUCGAAGCUUGGACAAUGUAGAAAAAUGAUUCAAAGUGUUGAUAAAGAUGGAGAUGGGUUUGUUGACUUUGAAGAAUUUAAGUCAAUGAUGUCUAUUGGGAUCAAGUAA